AAGCCGCCUGUCGCCGCCCGGCAAGGGGCGGGUGGCCGGCCGAAGCACAGCCUCACUCAGUCGGUCCUCGUGUCGCCGCUGCCAGCCAGCACACGGGUCGCAGCCUUUCGUCUUCUGACAAUAGUUGUGGUGCAUUUGAAGAAGAAAAAGAGCGGCGGCAGGGGUCAGGACAGGUAUUCGGUCUCCCCAGCAGCUAAGAAGCGAUGCAAGGCACCAUGGAGGCGGCGGUGCGUCGCCUGGGAACCCUCUUUUACCUGGUGGAGCCCAACGCCACCACCUUCCAGCACGCCGAAGAGGUGCCGAACUACAUCAACGAGGCUCUUCCAGUCUUCACCGUCUUCAUGGUGCUAGAGGUAGUGAUGCGAUGGUUGCUGGGGGAGAGAGAAACCAUCAGCGAUGUCGUUUCGGGUUUGAGUUCUGGGAUCCUGUUUGAGAGCGUCAGAGUGCUGAUGUCGGGAACAGUGCUGGUUGGGUACGAGUGGCUGUACCAGUACCGCAUAUUCGACUUGCCUUGGAACUCCCUCUACACAUGGCUGAUAACAUUUGUCCUUGUCGACUUCUGGACCUACUGGAUCCACCGGGCCAACCAUGAGAUAAACAUAAUUUGGGCGGUGCAUCAGAUCCAUCACCUCAGCGAGAACUACAAUUUGUCAACGGGGCUACGUUUGUCAAUUUUUCAAAAAACUAUCAACUUCAACUGCUAUUAUCCCAUGGCACUGUUGGGCAUCCCUUUCCCUUCGCUGCUAGCUCACAAUAGUUUAAAUCUUGUGUACCAAUUUUGGUUACAUACCACUGUCAUCGGCAAACUUGGGCCUCUUGAGUAUGUGAUUGGCACACCUUCCUUCCACCGUGUUCAUCAUGGUGCCAACAAUUGGUGUCUUGACAAGAACUACGCGAGCGUGCUGGCUGUGUGGGACUUUCUUUUUGGCACCUACGAGAUGGAACGUGACGACACAGAGAUCGUGUAUGGCCUUACGCAGCAGCCGCAGACCCACAACGCCCUUUAUCACCAGGUUUACUACUUCGGCGAGGUGUUCCGCAAGGCGCGCAGCAUGUCCACUUGGAAGGACUCUCUAAAAGCAGUGUUCUAUGGACCCGGCUGGACCCCAGGGUCUCCGCGCCUGGGGGACCCUGCCAAGUUUCCUGUCAUAACAGCUCCCAGACCAAAGUAUGACCCUAAAAUUCCCCAAUGGCAGCUGCUGUACGCCACUUCGCACAUGGUUGUGACUCUCCUGAUACAGCAAGUACUGCUCAAUCGCUUCUCGGGUGCCUCAUGGGUGAGCUUGUUGAUGUUUGGCGGUUUCAUCUUUUAUUCGCUCGGUGUGGUGACGGCCAUGCUGGACGGGUCGUGGUGGGCUGGGCCAGCGGAGGUUGUUCGCUGCACUGUCUACAUAUUCAACGCUCGCUCCUCACUUGCCACGCACAUCUCAGCAUUAGACACUGUUCUUAUCCUAUGUUAUACCUUUAGUGCAAUAAUCUGGACUUGUCACAGCUUAGUUCACAGAUAUUCUCUUCUCAAGACAGAUAAGCUACAUUGAAUAGCAUGGAAAUAGUGAGUGUCAUUAAUCAGGUAGCUGGUUUCUGGGAAACACUGACGAAAAAUUCUUAUUUGUUCUCAGUUUUUAUCAGCACUUGUAAUUUCGAAGACAGGCUUCCUUCUGUUUAUAAACACUCCGGUGAUCUUUUUUUUUUAAUAUAUGAAUAUAUGAAUGUUUGUUAAUAUAUUAAUAUAUAAAUAACACACAAACUCCCUCUUUGGCGGUGGGUGAGUGGUUAGCGUGCGGGGCCCGCAUUCAUCACGCCAUGGAUAAUGUCGAUUUGAAUCCCCACGCUACCACCUGGGAUUUUUCAGUCACCGCCGAGUGGCCUAAGACUACCCACAUACUGUCCUGAAAACCAUCCAUCAACCCAGACUCUAGAAGAAACCGUCCAAGUGAAUAAAAAAUGAGUUCCGGGCCAAGCCAAGCAUAACUGGCGCCACUAUAAAAAAUUGCCUGCGCCAUGACAGGCUUGGGCCGACCACCAGGCCCCUGAAGAAAGUCUAUCGGCCCUAUAGGCAGAUGUAAAAAUAAUUUCUCCGUUGUCAUUUUCCACCGUGAAAACUUGAAUACAAUUGUUCAUAA